AGUUUAGUUGUCGUGCAACAGCUAUUGAGCAUAGUCGCAUGUCGAGCGCUGCACCGCUCGGAGUUUUACUCGCUAUACCUUUCACUUUUGUUCGUAUCGUAAAGGAUAAACAAAUAAUAAAAUAAACAAUACGAAAGCAUUGAUACCAUUCAUUUAUAAAUGUAUAUCUCAACAAUGACCUUAGUGCUCAAUUUAAUGAUUUGUAUCUAAUUAUACUCGAAAAGUGCUGAUUGUGUUUUUCUGUCGUGGACGUUAUCUACUCACAUCCAAUACGAAUUAGCAAUGAAAUUUACCACGUGCGACUUUAAUACUUAUUACUUAGUAUUAUAUAUUUAAGAGCCAAAUUUUUCGUACUUCGGGAUUAUAUAUACAUUCGUGUUUAAUUCAUACCUGUCGACCGUAAACAGUUCAAAAAGUGAAACAGCUACGUGCAAACGUAAAAAAGGGCGCACAUCGUAGAAUAAUUGUGCUCUGUGGAGCACUCAUUGAGACUCGAACGGUAUGGAGAAAGAAUAUGGAAAACCGAUACGAUAUGAUCCGCAUUUCAAUGGACCAACACACAAUCGAUCUUGCACAGACAUCAUAUGGCUUAUUGUGUUUAUACUAUAUAUGGGUGCAUGGGGUUACGUAGGUUAUUAUGGCAAGACACAUGGUGAUAUCGAAACUUUAUUGGCGCCAAUGGACUCGAUGGGCCGUCGCUGUGGUCUUAAUUCAUACGUUGAAGAUAAAAAGUAUUUAGUGUUCUUCGAUAUUUCACAAUGUCUACGGCCCGAUACCCCCAUCUCCGGCUGUCCUACGAAACAGGUCUGUGUUAAGGAAUGUCCGAAGGAGACAAUAGUAUUCGAUACUCAAUUAACACCCUCGUCAUUCGCCACCUUGAAGAGUAGCAUGGUGUGUACCAUCGAUGUGGAUAUGAACACGUUAACUUAUGAUCAAGCAAAAAGGCACAUUGAGGAUGGGACAUGUGCCAAAUACGUGUUGAAAAGUCAAUCAGUGUUGUUCCGCUGCAUCGGCGACCUAUCUGACAUGCCAAAAUGCAAGAAUGUAUCAACAACGGCUAGCUCCAUAUGGAGGAGCUCCGGUAGCGGUGACACCUGCGUGCGUAACCCUAAAGAAGCGCAGAAGUCGCUGUUCAACAGCGCGACAGCUUUGGACUCGUAUGUGGGCUGGAUCGCCGCUAGCUGGGUGUCAUUCUUUACGAACAACCAACGAGACGCCCAUAUUUUGUCGGCGCAAAUAGUUCAAGACUUGGUACAGUCACGGUGGUACAUGGCUGGCGGUGUGGUAGCCGUCGUUGUCAUCUGCUUCACAUAUAUUCUACUGUUGCGAUGGGUGGUUGCACCCGUUGUGUGGUUCUCCAUAGCCGGAUUUAUAGCAUUGCUUGGAUUUGCGGUUUACGUUUGCUACACGAACUACAAGUAUUACCUCGAUAACCCAGUACAUAUGGCAUCUACGAGCAAUUUACUGGGUUACACGCAAUCUAUAUUCACCAAGCACCAGACGUGGAUGGCUAUACUCAUUAUCACCGCCAUUAUACUAGUCAUAAUGUUACUCAUAGUGAUAUUUUUGAGAGGCCGCAUCGUAAUUGCUAUAGCUCUUAUAAAGGAAGGAAGCAAAGCCGUUACCGCAAUUAAAUCGACUGUAUUGUUCCCAAUAUUCCCAUGGCUCUUGCAGUGCUUGGUGAUCGCUUAUGGUAUCUUCGUAUGUAUGAGUUUGAUGUCUAUCGGCGAAUCUACGUUCAAGGUGGUCAAUCUGAAGAAUGACACAAAUUGCCAAUGUAAUAAAAAUUAUACGGAUUAUGUAGAUUGCAAACCGCCUGAAUUCACGUCCAGCUGCCAGGACAGUAGCAGUGGGUCGCCACAGGCGUGUAAACUCGCUUCCUGCCAUUUUAGCGGACUAAAUGGUCCGACGGGCGCCCCGUAUUUGCACUUGGUGAAUGUAUUGGGCUUUUUCUGGAUGAUGUUUUUCAUCAGCGGUGUUUCCGAUAUGAUGCUCGCAAGUACAUUUUCUACUUGGUACUGGACGUUAAAAAAGAGAAAUCUUCCAUUCUUCACUCUUACAUCUGGCAUCUAUAGAACUAUACGUUACCACUUGGGUACGGUGGCCAUCGGGGCGCUCAUUAUCGCCAUAGUACGAGUAAUAAGAGUGUGCUUAGAGUACAUAGAUCAGAAGGUCAAGAAGUUCGACAACCCGUUCACUCGCUGUGUGCUGUGCUGUUGUAAAUGCUUCUUCUGGUGCCUAGAGAAUUUCUUGAAAUUCAUAAACAAAAAUGCAUACAUAAUGUGCGCAGUACACGGCAGUAAUUUCUGUACGAGCGCAAAAGAUGCAUUCUCUUUGUUGAUGAGGAAUAUUGUUCGUGUCGUAGUACUGGAUAAGGUAGCGGACUUUAUAUUUUUCCUGUCCAGACUGCUCAUCUCAGUUGGUGUGGCUUUUGCUGUGUACUACCUCUUGCAGUGGAACUAUGUGUAUGAAGUGACACAAGGAGGACGUCUUCACUACAACUACAUUCCAGCUAUUAUUCUAGGCGUUGUCACCUACCUCAUAUGCUCGAUUUUCUUUAACGUUUACUCAAUGGCAGUAGACACAUUAUUCCUUUGUUUCUUGGAAGACUUCGAAAGGAACGACGGGACAAAAGAGAAACCCUAUUUUGCGUCUAAAAAUUUGAUGAAAAUUCUAGGCAAGGAAAACCAGAGGGCAGAGUAAUACCAAACAAUUUGCCAAAAUAAUUACUAGAGUUGUGAGAUUCCAAAUGCUAAAUUUGCCUGUGAUUUCUUACGUUACAAACUUAUGAUUCAUCCAUAGUAUAGGUAUUUAUUACGAAUAAAAUACGAAGUCUUGAAACCAUGUGUUCAGUUCCUGCAGAGAGCUUCCAGAGGCUAGUUAGUAUUAGAAAACUCAAAAAUAAACAAAAAAGUUACAUGUACGUAAUAUAUUUUUAGAUUCACUUAAAACAUGAUGUAAUGUGAUAUUAACUAAGUUGUAAUAAUAUUUUCGAAUUAUAUUUAUUGACUUUACUCAGGGAUUUGUUAUUUUAGUUAUCGCUCGACAAGUUUCAGACUAAUUCAUAAUAUCACGCGACCAUAUCGCAAUGAGCCUACUGCCACUCUAUCUGUUUAAUUAACUUAUACUUGCAAUGAAAAUCUUUAUCAUAUAUAUUCAAAUUAUCAAUUUCAAUAUAAUUACAUUGUUUCAACGUUGUAGUAUUCGUUUAUCUUAAUAUAAUCAGAUUAAAAUUUAAAGUUUAAGUAUGUACGAACAUGUAUUUUUCUACCAUGUG